GAGAGAAAACAAAAAAUGCAGACUUUAUCGGUAGCUUUCAGCAACUGUGCCCUGGUGAUAAGAUACUCUUUGGGAAACAGAAACAGUGUUGUUAAUCUUAGUUCAAUUUCUUCGUCAUCAUCUUCACCUGCUCCCACUCUUGUUUGCCGAUCAAAAUCAAAAUCUCAAACCGAUAGCUUAAGAGUGUUGGAAUGGGACAAGCUCUGCGAUGUUGUCGCUUCUUUUGCUCGUACUUCUUUAGGUCGCGAAACUACCAAGAAACAGCUUUGGUCUCUAGACCAGAGUUUCGAUGAAAGUUUGAAGCUUUUGGAUGAAACAGAUGCCGCCAUUCAAAUGCUUCAACAUGGUUCCUUCUGUCUUGAUCUCUCCAGUAUUCAUAUCUCCUUGGUUGAAUCGGGAAUUCGUCAUGCUCGGAGGAGGCUUUCCUUACGAGCAGACCAAGCACUUGAAGUGGCUUCUCUUCUUCGGUUCUUUGAUAAUUUGCAGCUUGAUUUGAAAGCUGCCAUUAAGCAAGAUGGAGACUGGUACAAGCGGUUUAUGCCUCUAUCUGAAUUGAUAAUGCACCCUGUGAUUAAUAGAUCAUUUAUCAAGUUAGUUGAACAAGUUAUAGAUCCUGAUGGUACAAUCAAAGAUUCCGCGAGUAGUACCCUUAGACAAUCACGUGAAAGAGUGCAAACACUUGAAAGAAAGCUACAGCAACUGCUGGAUGCUAUUAUAAGGAGCCAAAAGGAUGACGAAUCUGUCAUGGUAGCGUCUGAAAUUGAUGGAAGAUGGUGCAUACAAAUGAGCUCAAAUCAGCUAGCUUCUGUUAAUGGUCUUUUGCUUUCCAGUGGUUCAGGUGGAGGGACUGCGGCGGAGCCAAUAGCUGCGGUCUCUAUGAAUGAUGAUCUUCAAAGUGCAAGAGCAUCAGUUGCUAAGGCUGAGGCAGAAAUUCUUUCAAUGCUAACUGAAAAGAUGCAAGUUGAUCUUUAUGAUAUCGAGGUAGUGUUGAGCUACUCGAUUAAGCUGGAUGUGAUAAACGCUCGAGCAACUUACAGUCGUGCAUAUGAUGGUGCACAUCCUGAUAUAUACUUGCCAGCUGAAGAUGGGGUUGAAUCUUUGUCUGCUGAAGAAAACCCACCGGAGAGUAACUUAUCCAGUGAGGAAUCGCAUCCUAGAAAAGAAUGGUUGCUGUAUCUACCUAGAUGUUAUCAUCCUCUAUUGCUUCACCAACACAAGAAAAGCAUAAGAAAGAAGCGGGAGACUGUAAAAUAUCAUAAAACAGCAGACACGGUAUUAUCAGGAGCCCCGCCAAUUCCAGCUGAUUUCCAGAUCUCUAAUGGCACAAAAGUUUUGGUUAUAACUGGUCCAAACACAGGAGGUAAAACCAUUUGCUUAAAAUCAGUUGGACUCGCUGCAAUGAUGGCAAAAUCAGGUCUUUAUGUUCUAGCAACUGAAUCAGCACGCAUACCUUGGUUUGACAACAUUUAUGCUGAUAUUGGUGAUGAGCAGUCUUUGCUGCAGUCACUUUCUACCUUCUCUGGUCACUUGAAGCAAAUUAGUGAAAUUCUUUCACACUCAACAAGCAGAUCACUUGUGUUGUUAGAUGAAGUUGGAGCUGGAACAAAUCCGCUAGAAGGAGCUGCAUUAGGAAUGGCGAUUCUAGAAUCUUUUGCAGAAAGCGGUUCUCUACUCACAAUGGCAACUACACAUCACGGAGAACUAAAGACGCUUAAAUACAGCAAUUCUGCCUUUGAGAAUGCUUGCAUGGAGUUUGAUGACCUGAACUUAAAACCCACUUUCAAAAUCUUAUGGGGAGUACCAGGUCGAUCGAAUGCAAUAAACAUAGCCGAAAGGUUGGGGCUUCCAAGUGAUAUCAUCGGGAGUGCUCGUGAACUCUAUGGCUCUGAAAGUGCUGAAAUCAAUGAGGUCAUACUUGACAUGGAACAGUACAAGCAAGAAUAUCAAAGACUUUUGAAUGAGUCACGUGUUUAUAUAAGGCUCUCAAGAGAGUUUCAUGAGAAUCUACUCACAGCACAAAAGAACAUUAACGACCAUUCCACCAAAGAGAGACGAAAAAUGAGACAAGAACUAACUCAGGCUGGUUCGAUGACUCGUUCUACACUUCGCAGAACAUUGCAACAGUUUCGCAUAUCUGCUGCACAAUCUUCUCAGUCAAAGGUAGCUACGCAACUCCCAAAAAAAGUAGAAACGACUAAGGAUGAAAAUAGGGGAAUUCGUUCAUCGUCUGUGGUAGAGAGACGACCAAUUUCUGAAGUUGCGGCUCAAAAGGUUCCUGAAGUUGGUAGCUCAGUAUUUGUUUCAUCUCUUGGCAAAAAAGCGACUGUUUUGAAAGUAGAACAGUCGAAGAAAGAGAUCUUAGUGCAAGUAGGCAUCAUGAAGAUGAAAGUGAAACUGACUGAUGUUGUGGCCUGAAUCUAAAUGGCACGGUUAUAUUCAUUAGUAUCCAAACCAACACCGUUAUAUUAGCUUCAGAGUACAAAUGAUGUAAUUAACAUGAUAUGAAGAAACGUGACCUACUAAUUACAUGGUUCUUGUUC